AUGUUCAGGGCCCUGAUGGGCGGGGGCCGUUCGUCCGAUAGCCGUAGCACAACCUCCAGCUCCAAGAGCAGUAGCCGCCGCCGAACCAACUCCAAGGCUUCUUCGACAGUCAGCCGCAAGUCCUCACGGGGUGACGACCGUGAUCGAGGCUUGGGCGAUCUGUCGGCCUACUCUUUUUCAGGCAGCCGCAGCAAGCGAUACGCUCCCAGCGCAGCGGGCGAUUCUGUCGCUUCGAGCUAUGCGACGGCAGAACCGGGCAUCGCGGUCGAGCACGAUCGGAUAAUUAUUGAACGGACACUCAAACGCAGAGAUACCGAUGAAGAAAGCGGUCGCGAUCGAUAUUCCGAGAUUCGCGACAGGGAUGGGCGCAGUUCUCGCAGACGCGACCGGGACCGAUCGCAGAGCCGUGAGCGUGAACGGCCCAGGUCGGAGAGGAUUGAGCGGGCACAAUUGGAAGACGACGCUGUAGAGUCUCGCGACCGUCGUCGGGAACGGUCGCGAACUCAGCCUGGCGAUACGUACUUGCCGCCUGUUUCCCCAUCGAUGCCCAUUCAGCCAAAUUCCCCCUUGGUCUAUGACCCUCAUGUCCAGCAGCAGUUCCCCGGUCAGUUCCCUGCUUAUGUUGCCGAGCCAUAUCGGCCUCCGAAUCCCGCCGGCGAAGCAGCCGAUUAUUAUGGCGAUCAGGGCCAGUCUGUUGCGGACCAGCCAGGUGUGCGUCCGAAACCUCCACCUAUUAUUCCCAGCAGCCAGGCGCAUCUCAUGACUGCGUCGCCUGUCGCCAAUCCGCCACCGGAGCCCAGCAGCAUGGGCCAGGUGGGCGCCGCCGCUGCGUACUUUGCAGAUGACGCCGAGCUCGAGGUGGAUCCAGCACCAGGACGACCGGACCGUCCAACUGCUGGAACAACCUCUGAACCUCCCAAGCCAUCUAACACUACAUUCGGCAUUUCGGGGAUAGCUGCUGGAGCUGCUGCCUAUGGAGCAGGAGGCAGCCUUCCCUUGCCGGCCAGCCCGACAUCGCCCCCGGAACCUGUCCCGACGACUGCUCCAUACGCUCCUCCUGUGACAUCCAGCACCACCAAACCGCCCCACACCCAUGGUAUCGGAGCCUCGGUUGGAGCGGCAGCAGCAGGUGCUGCAGCAGGUUACAUGCUUGGCCACCACCAGCACCAUUCGAUGUCGAGCGCCGACCAUCUAUCCCAGUACACCAUGCAGAAUUACGACGAGUCUUCCCAGUAUGGGCUCGGAAUUCCAGGUCCGACAGUUUACAAUGCACCGGCCAACGCAGAGUGGCACGCUGCUGGGACAGGAACAGCCGUGCCGUAUGCUGCAAGCCCUCUGCAUCCCCACCAUGCUGCUGUCCACCACGGGGCUCCCUUCCCCUCGGGAAGCUUGGCAUUCCAGCAGCGCCAACGUGGCCCGCUUGAUAAGUUUAUCGAUUUUUGGCGGGAUCCUGAGGGUGUUGGUAUGUUUGAAGAGUAUACUGAAGCCAUAGGCGUCUGCAAAUACUGCUUCGAACCGGGCACUUCCUCGCGUGACGCACCUCGUAAACAUCACUACCGCCAACGCCGUUCGUCUGGCGAGCGCUACGCCAGUGGGUCGCGUGUGGGAAAGGCAAGCCGUUAUACAUCCUCGGAGGAUGAAGGUCGCCGGCGGAAGAAGUCAUCACGGAAUUCCUGGUUGCUGCCUGGACUCUUGGGUGGAAUUGCGGCCAAAGCGCUUUUUAAUAACAAGGAUUUUGAAGACACCUAUAGCGUCCGUUCGGGCCGAGUUAUGACCGUCAAAGACACUGAAAGCGUCUCGACAGCACGGCGAAGCCAGACCUCGCGUGGCGUCUACAGGCGUCGGAGCCAGUCUCGAGACCGUGAGUCCCGCAUCAUUUACUCAGACUCGAAAAGCCAGUAUGAGGAUAAGCGACACCGUUCUCGGUCCAGAUCGCAUUCGUCCUCGCGAAAUCGUCGCCAUUCAGCGCUCAGGGAUGCAGCUGUAGGCGCGGCUGUGGGUUCAGGAGCUAUAGCUUUGGCCAAGUCUCGCGAUCGAAGCCGCAGUCGCAGCCGCAGCCGCAGUCGUUUCCCAAGAAAGUCCAAGGGGAGAAAGUCGUCGACCUCUGACUCUUCCUCUUUUCUUGAUAUCUCCCAACCUGCUCGAAAGUCUGUUGGCGGUGGCAUUGCUUCUUUCUUCACGGCUUCUUCUGAAAACCGCGGAAAGCGCCGAGUCAAGAAACGCAGGAGUAUAUUUUCGUUCAACAACUCAUCCUCUUCUUCGCUUGAUGCGGACUUGGCAUUUGGUACCGGAUUCGCGCGAAAACCUGCUCGCAAGUCGACCAAGAAGAGCAGUAAGAAGAAGGACCGUGACGUAGAUGCAGCUUUGCUGGGAUUAGGCGCUGCGGCCACCGCAUUAGCUGCUACAUCUCACCGACGAAGUCGGCGGGCUGGAGAGAUCCUCGUGGCGAAGGAGACACGGUCGCGACACUCAGAUUACGCAUCAUCGGUCACCAACGAUGAGGGCUGGGAGGAUCUGGACUCAGGGGACCAGUCUUCCUCCAGUGUCAGUUCGGCGCUCGCGUUCGGUGAUACCGGCUUGUUCGGUAGCGAUGAAUCCCAGUCGUCUGACUCUGGCACUUCGAAAUGGGGUUGGAGAUGGGGAAGCAAAAAGAAUAAGAAAAAGAAAAGGGCUAGCUCCCCUCAAGGCAGAUUCCCCACGGGUGCUGCUCUCGCUGCAGGUGCCCUAGGAACGGCUGCGUUGGCGUCGACUCAGGACAGAGACUCCAGACUACCCAGGCAGCAUGCGUCAAGCAGCUCCGGAAGCUUGCAGCAUGUGGCCCCCGUGCCAACUAACGAUCCUACCCUCGUGGAUGCGGUCAGGGUGGCAUCUCUGCCACAUGCUGAACCCGCAUUCGUUCGACCUGGUCCCAUUCCAUUGCAGCAACCGCAACCCAUGACGCCAGUCUCCCAGGCGGUUUAUGCCACCCAGGGCGCGUCGAUUCCGACCUACGCUGCUCCAAUGGCGCCGCCGGCCUUUCCCCCGACAUCGUACAUCCCCUACAGACCGGAACAAAUUCAGAACGUAGCUCUAGGCUUCAAUCGGCCGCACCACAGAAGCGACUCUUCCCCUGUAUUCCAUACGGAACCUCUUGAAGGUGUGCCAGCACCCGGACUGAAGCGUCGCUCGACUAGCAAAGACCAGAGCUCGGUGCAGUUUGAUCUGACCAAGGAGCAAGCUGAUAAGGAGCGACGUAUGGAUCGCCUUGAGCAGUUGAAGCGCGACGCGGAGCGGGCCAGCGGCGUGCAGCUCAUUGAUAGAGAUCAUGAACCCACCGUCCGCGAUGAUGACCGUCGUUCAGGACGCUACGAAGACCGUGGAUACGUUGACCGCAGACAAGACGAGCCUAGAGAGGACCGUUACGCCAUGGAUUCUGGAAAGGACAAAGAUUCGUUCUCUCGUGUCGGUGCCGUCGCCGCGGGUUCAAUAGGCGCCGCAGCCGCAGCUACCGUGCUAUCUGGAAGAAGUUCGGUUGACGAGUCCUCCGAAACAAGCCAACGCCGCCACGAGGAACGUCGACAGCAGCGCCGAGCGGAGCGUCGCCGUGGAUCCGAGCCGGAGUCAGCAGUGUCCAGUCGUAGUAAGUCUGAGCGUGCCCAGGAAACGACUGAUUAUCUGCCCGAGGAACGACAGCCGGAGCCUACCAAGCCGCCGAGUCCCAGUCGUAGUCCCCAUAAAUACGACGAUUAUGCGGAGUUCUUCGCUCCUGAGGAGUUGCGGUAUAGCCCGGAUACCUACAAACAGCGCGCUCCUACCUCGAUGCCUACUAUCGUAGAGAUCGAGCCUGCAAGUGAGAGACAGUCUCGUGAAGCGCUGCUCCCAGCAGAGGAGUCACAUCCCGGGUACCGAGAUCUGCCCUGGCCGGUGCCUGUUCUAAAACUUAUCGAGCCCACUCCUCCUCAAAGCGUGAGUGGAUCUGUCAGAGAUGCUGCUUCACCUGUGGGUAAUCCUCGGGAUUUGCCUCCUCAUGAAGAAGAGGAAGAUGUGAAGCCGGCUGCUCGACAAACGACCGGCUCCCGUGUCUCUUGGGGAGAGCAUAAAACGCAUGAGUACGAAGUUCCUUCCACGUCCUCCGAACUUGAAUCAGUGGACCAUGAAACCACUAGAGAGCGAGAGCAACCUCAUUCGCCGGUGCUCCAACAACGGUAUGUAUCUCCCAAAAACGCCGCGGAUGAUGUGGGUGCGGACAUUGAAUUUGCGGCUGCCUUGGCUGCUGCCACUGCAGCAGCAGGCUUUAAUCCUGCCCUCGUGACGGAGGAUCCAACAUAUCAUACCUGGUCUUCGCCUCCUGGCUCUCAUGGCAGGGUUGAGUACAGGGACCCAUGGGUUGAGACCGAGUCAAAGUCUCGCAUUCCUCAUGGUUUUGUCGAAGGCGAGGUUGAGACUCCCGAGGAGGAAAAAGCCCCAUCCAGUAGAGUCAUCGAGGAGCAGCCACUGUACUCUGAACCCGAGCCUGUUUCACGGGAACCUGAGAGUCAGGAAUCGUCUGAGCCUCAAACUCGAACUUCGAUCGCUCAGGAGGUAAUCGACCGGCUCAGUGAAAAGCAAGAUGAGCGAGACGGCUCACGUAAAGCUCUAUACGGUACAGAAAAGAGUUCAAACUCUGGCAAGGAACGCGACGAAUCUGAGCUUCGCGCUCAAGAUUCGUUUUCAAUGCCCGGUGGAUUUGAAACGGAAGAAUUACGCUCAGAUCCAAAGCGUGAUGUGGACUCGCGUGACGACGGUGAUGUAGACCGCCGCUCCGUUGCUUCUGCACCUGUAUCUGGCGAAUACGAUUUCUCAACAAGACCAAGAAAAUCCACACAAGACAGCGAAUACUUUGACAAUGGUGAAGAUGCCGGAUCAGCGUCAAUUGAACAAGAUGGCAGCGAGGGGAAGAAAAAGCGACGGAAAAGGCGCUCUAAGCGUGACAGUGACACCUUUACUGACUCCGCCUCUGUAGAGUCAUCACCCGCCAGAAUUGGGCAGUCCAGCGAGAAGCUCAAGAGCAUGGAUGACAAGGAUAAAGAGAAAAAAGCGGGAGGUUUCUUCAGCAGUAUCUUUGGUUCGAGAGUUUCAGAGCCGGUAGACAGCAAGAGAUCGUCCUCUACAGAUAGACCGUCGCGUGACGUUCACUCCGAGAUCGGGCGUCGAGAGUAUGAGGAGUCUCGCCGCCAGAGAAAGGAGGAAAAGUCCUCCCGGCGAGAUGAGGAGAGCGGUUCCGAUAAGGAGAACAGUAAGGUUAGAGAUAAGGAUGGUGUUGACAUUGAGAACUACAAGUCUAGCAGGCAACGGAGGGAAGAGAGACGGCGACGAAGAUACGAGGAUAUUGUGGAUUCGGGAAAAUCUGGGGAGUAUGAGAAGGACCGCAAAUUAUCGGAAGACAACGACGAGAAUCAAUCUUUUUUAGCAGAAGGCCCCGAAAUGCCAGCCCAGAUAGGCGACGGCGAUAGAGGGAGUGGUGCUUCGGGGCAUGUUCGUUUGGCAGAGGGGGCCAUCACAGGGUUGGGUAUAGGCGUACUAGGACAGCGGCCAAGAGGGCGCUCAACACCUCCUGAAGCUUCUGAGAGAAUCAUGGACCCAGCCCCUAGGUCCCGGAGUAGGCCUGCCUCGCCCGAACCGGAUCGGCAAGAGGGAGACAAUCAGAGCCAGUCGUCACGACGAUCAUCCAUAUUGCGGUCGAAGGACUCUCCUACCGCAGUGCCGUUGCACUUCCGUCGCCCUCCAGCCUCUCCCGGGACAAACCGUUCGGUUUCCGUCGGCACCCCUACUGCACCGUCCCCAGGGUCUCCAACAACCCCUAAACGCCGACCAAAUUCUACAGAGUUUAAGAAUUCCCGCGAGAUGCGGCCCUUGUGGCUAGUAGAGCGUCAUGGUCCUGGACACGGGGAGCAUAAGCUUGAGGAGCCGUUACCAUCACUGCCAUCAAGCAAGACUUCGUCCGCGAAUACCUCGGUCGAAGACCUCACAGCCCUUCAGGACGAGAGAAGCUGGGAAGCGGUUGACCUGAGCCAUCAUGUCCAUGGCAUGCGGCGACUAAGCGGCAUCGACGUGUCUCAGAGCAGAGGGUUCGAGCAUGAUGCCUUUGGUUCUCAGCAUGUAACACCUACGGCAACAACUUUUGAGCAGAUACACCCACAUUCACGGAAAGAGAAGUUAAAGUACGAGUUUCAUUCUCCCUCAGAACUUCUUCAGGAUCCAAGCCCGUAUGGAGACGUACAGCCCUCUAACAUGGGAGAUCUCCCUUCCGCGGAGGGCUCUGCCGUGGGCGUCAAGGAUGCAAGUUCUGAGAAUGAAGACAGUGCAGAACUCGCAGCUGAGGCCUUGCCCCCUCGGCCGUCUACUCCGCAAAACAAUGUCACCGCGGCCUCUGAAGACACGGAGACCACCCCCACUCAAACCAGGACCGUGAAUGCUUUCGAAGGUCCAGGAUUCGCUGGGGUGGUGGAUGCUGCUGUUGCAGCAGCCGUGAGUAAUCGUCUCAGCACGCGGCCGGAUGUUGCAAUUCCCGACAAAAGUAGUCCAGAGGAUCUUCCUUACGAUGCGGACAGAACUCAUAAGCCAAUUGCCGACCAGGAACUCGCAGCAACCUCCCCUCCCGCCCCCGGCGUACCUCUGGGCUUUGCUGCCGUUGUCGAUGCUGCGGUCGCUGCAGCCACCAUCUCUAUUGGUGGGCAGCCUGAGGCUGCUAAAGAACUUGAGCAGUCGCCUGAGAUAUCGGAGCCCAUACCCCAAACCCCACACCCAAACGAGCAAGAGACAUCACAUCCGACCGGGAACGACAGUGUCCCGCGAGACGACAAGAGAAGGGAUUCGGUUGAUACAGUGGUUCCCCAAGCGGAAGAAGCAUCGGAUGAAAAGGAGAAGCUGGACACCAGUGCGGUCAUGCCAGACCUGACCGGGGAAAACAAGGAGCUUCCGUCCGAAGCGAAAAAUGAGAACGCGAACGACAAUAGUCAGGCUCAAACAGAGCAGCCGCCGGUCGAUACUGACGAGCCGUCUUCGUCUUCUGCCAAGAAAAAGAAGAAGAAGAAUAAGAAGAAGCGUCAGAGCAUGGACUCAAACACUCAGGAGCCAACUACACCUGUUGAUGACUCGACCAUCGAUCAGGGGGGUGUGGGGAUAUCUGCUGUUGAAGAUGCACAGGCAGAUGCAGUCGAGACUUUUGAGCCUGCACCAAAGGAACAAAUUCUUGUUGAACAACCUGCCAGUGCUGAACCUACACCUGCGCCCGAGCCGGAGCCUACAGAGACUACAGUUGACGUAGAAAAGGCCAUCGAAGCACCGGACGUCAGAAAAGAACUUGAAGAAGAACCGGCACCUGCUGCACCCGAAGAUACGCCUGCCGAGCCAACUGCUGAAACACCAGCUGAGGACCAAGCAGAGACAUCAUCUUCCAAGAAGUCUAAAAAGAAGAAAAAGAAGAAGAACAAGGGCUCUGCUCCUGAGGAGAACACGGAGGACCCCGCUUCUACAGAGACUCCGGAAGCAUCUGCUGCAAAUUCGCAAGUCGUCGCAGCAGAGCAGGUAGAAUCUACCCUGGAAACUACACAGCCUGCAGAGGAAGAACCAAAGCCUACCGAGGAGAGUGCCAUUGCCGUGGCUGAGAAUACUGUUGAGCCCGAACCGGCGCCCAAGGAAAUGGAGGCUACGGAAGACCCUAUGUUUCAGGAUAUUUCAGUACCGGGAGAAUCUCAAGACUCGCCGGCAGACGCCGAUAAUCAGGCCAAAGAGUUGCCGCACCCUGAAGAGGAGUUCCAAGCUGAGGCUACUCACGCUCAAGAACUGCCAGAGGAUACCGAGAUCAUCAACAAAACUGACGACUUGAGCUCGGGCAUAGAUCCUUCAGGACAAGCAGGGGGUGACAUGGUGAAUGAGGCGGCCUCUCCUGAGGUUUGGCAUGAUGCAUUGGCUUCCUCUCCCGAGGAUAAGAACGGCGAAGCCGAGCAAGCCGACCUUAAAUCCAAUGAGCCACAGAACGAGGGGAAGGCACCAGUAUCUGAGCUGCCGGCACUUGACAAAGAACUCUCUGAGAUCUCAGAAAGACCUGCCGAGGUGGACGCUCCUGCCGACACGCCUCUUGUUGAUUCCCCCUCUACGGAUCAGGUCGAAGCAGCUGAUUCUGGCGUACAGAACGAAGAGCCCACACCCACUGCUGCAGAAUUGGAAACUCCCUUGUCACGCAAGAACAGCAAAAAGAACAAGAAAAAGAACAAGCGGAAGAACACUGCUGAAACGCCAGUUCAGAAUGAGGCCGUUCAUACUGCAGACCCUAUUUCUUCAAUUGAAGGCGUGCCUGAACCUGGGCCUGAGGCUACAACCACUGCUGUAGAGGAACCUCAAGUAACGUUGCCGGAUGAGGCUGUCGAUGAAAAUAAGGGAGAAUCUCGGGACGUUCAAGCCGUCAAAGAGGAAACCUCACCCGAAAACGCUGCCGAAGUAGCAAACGAUUCCCAGCCAAGUACAUUUGAGGAAAUCCAUCUGGCAGGAGCGGAACAGUCCGCGCCAGACGCGAUAGCUGAGAUCAUGGGCGAAUCCCAGCCCGCUGAACCUCAAGACGUCCUAGCCACAGCACCCGAAGAGCCCAUUGACGGACAGCCAAAAAAGAAAGCCAAGAAAAAGAAGAAUCGAAAAACAGCUAAUGUUUCCGAGUCCCAGCCUGAGUCUGAGGCAGAAGCCAAAACUGAAAAGCUCCAAUCAGCCGAACUUGCAGAGAACCCACAACCUCAUAUACGCGAUGAGGUAGCGGGCGACAGUCAGGUACCGCCAGAGUCGGGUGCCUCAGAAGCACCUGCAGGGAUUGAAGAUGUCACGCCCAUUUCUGCAGCGGAGGCAGUUGAAUUCGAUUUACCUGUGGAGAAAGACGAGACCAAUGGCGGAGAACCACAUGUGUCAGAGCUCAACAAGCAACUAAAUAAUGAGACUGUGCCUGGCCCUGAAACGGGGUCCGAGCCUGUGCCUGAAGCGGGAGAAAUUACACAGUCUGGCAAAAAGAGCAAGAAGAACAAGAAAAAGAAGCAGAGCCUGUCUCUUGCACCUGAUGAAACGCCAGCCUCCGAUCCGUCAACUCCUGCAGGCACUGCAGAUGGGAACGCGGAUUUGCCUGCCGCGCCCGAAGACUCCUUGAAAACAGAUCAAGAACCAAUGCCAGAGGAGCCAACUGUAAGCCAACCGAUCGUUGACUUGGUUACUGAAACAUUAAAUCUGAGCAUGGCGGAGGAAGCUGUCCCGAUGACCGCCGCACAGAAGAAAACAAAGAAAGAAAAGAAGAAGAAACGCCAGUCUGCCUUACUGGAUGAACCAACUGCAACUGAGUCGAUUGAAGAAGCUAAUGCCAAGGAUGUUACUUCUGAAGGUACUCAGAUGCCCUUGGAGGUGCCAUCUGAACCGCAAUCAUCCGGGCCUACUUUGGAUGCUAUUGAACACGCGGAAGCGGCAGCUGAGCACUCACAAGAACAACCCAACAAGGAUGUGACUUUGCACGCGGAUCACAGCCCCAACUCUGAUGGAGAGUUCGUGCUGGUGCCAGAACAUGUACCCUACGGAUCCAAUGACGAACAUAAAACGCAGCCUGGUUCCAUGGAAUUGGAUGUCACACAAGUGAACACUGAAUUGGAAAAAGAGCCAUCGACCCAGGAAGGCGUGUUGGAAGCAAACGAGGCCACUCCGGCUGAAACACCUUCUGCUGCUGACCAACAUGUCCAAGAAGAAUCCAGCCCUACGCCAGCAAUGGAGGGUGGUGCUGCUGCCGAAGAACUAGUUGCCGUAGAACCGGACGUACUUGAAGGCUCUCAAGACAAGAUAACCGAGGACAAUGAUACUCCCGACGAUAGCUUGACAGCGAAAGAGCCUCAAACAGAACUAGUCAACGCAGAGACUACUCAAAAGACUGAGCAAGGCGAUGUCGUGCUGGACGUCGAAGCUGGCUCUGAAGGCCUCGUUCGGGAUGAUCAGCCUGUCGCUCCCUCGAAGAAAAAGGACAAAAAGAAAAAGAAGAAGCGCCAGUCGCUUACCAUAGACGAUGAGCAACGUUCCUCUACAAAGGAAGAACCAACAGCUGAAUUUUCGUCCGACCAUGUUCCAGAGCCGUCGGCCGUUGAUGAGUCGGCGACCACUCCUUCCGCCUCUGAAGAGCAGCAGAAGCCUGAGACAGAUAUCACUGAGACCGUUACACAAACAGCUGCUGAACCAACACCAUCUUCCGCUUCAGAAGAACCAGAGAACAUUGCAGAAGCGCCUUCCAAUGAAUCCACACAGGAGCCUGCUGCAGAGGAAGCUCAAACAGCAAAGUCCAAGAAGAAAGCGAAGAAAGACAAAAAGAAACGAAAGUCUGUCUCCUUCGAGAUUGGAGAGCCCUUGACUCAGCAGAGCGAGCCUGGCCACCCUACUGCGACUCCUGGCGAAACAGUAACUCCACAUGAGGGUCCAAAGCCUGGGGACAAACCUACCUCCCCGAAAGAUAGUUCUGAGGAGUUUCAGUCCGGAGAAGCAGUCCCUGAGAGCCCUCAAGAUAGCGCAGGUAUUGUUACUCAACCUGAGCAACCCGAGCCAACCGCUGAGGCUACAGUAGUUACAGAACAACACAAGCAGGUGACAGAGCCUUCUCUAGUUUCAAUAAACGAGGAACAGGCUGUCGUGGAAGAAACUGUAGCUCCGCCGGUGGUUGAUGAAGCGUCCCAAUUACAAGAACAGAAAGUCUCGUCGGAGACCCUCUGGUCUGAAACACAAAGGGACGUUGUUAAGAGUUUCCAGGACGCUGAAUCGUUAGAGGAGGAAAAAGGGGAGACUGCUGUCUCGCCUUCGCUAGAAAACAACGAGGGUACCAAGCCAGGCGCGUGGGUGGAACAAGCAGAGUUUGAGCCGCAAACGCCAACUGACGAUGGUGAGCAAGGAGUUGGCCCCUCUAAGUCAAAGAAAAACAAGAAAAAGAAGAAGAGGAACACUCUUGAGUCAACCGAAGACGUGCCAGUGAUACCGCCUGGGCCCUCAAAAAUUGAGCUGCUCGAAUCGACACCGGUCCUUGAAACGGAAGAGACCCACGACAUUGUCGAGCCUGACACCACAGUGUCUGAAAAUGUGCACGAAGAGGAGAAACCGGAAGAUGAGUUCGGCGGGUUUAUGUCCGCAAAAGCAAAGAAAAAGGCGAAGAAGAAAGACAAGAAGCGCCAGUCCAAGAUUCUUGACAGCGCAAACGACGCCACCAACACCGCCGAAUCUGCCCCAGAUAUCUCGGAACAGGCGCCAUUAGAGACAGCAAGUGGCGAAGCGGAUGGCCCAGAUGCGACGUUCUCUCAAGAAACGAGUGAAACCAUCUCUACAGAAGCGAAGUCCUCGGAGCCAUCGCCUGAGACGGCACUCACGCCUGCUGAAGAUGACGGUAAAGAAAAUCAGUCCCACGACACCGAACCACACGGCGGCAACGAUAAAGAUCUAACAUGGACUGAUCACAUGGUAUCUUCGCAGGUAGAGCAACAACAAGGAACGCCUUCCGAUCGUCCGUCCGAACCCGCGCCUGAAACCGAGCCAAUUUCCACACGCGAAGCAGCAACAUCUAUUGAUGUUGAACAACUUGAUAACAACGCAGACGAUGCUUCGCCGGCUGUUAACGAUAGGUUAGAGCGAUCUGGUGAAGAAGGUACGAGAGUCAAAAAAGAGAUUGUGUCCGAAGAACCCGAGGUGCAGUAUGAGGGUCUACUUGAGAUUCCACGAGAAGAAAAGGCGGAGAUAUCGAGCCAAGGAGAAGAUACCAUUCAGGUCAAAAGCGACGCAGAAGUGGAGGAGUCGGUGAAAGCAACCGUUGAAGGGACACCUGAGGAUUCUAUGAGUCAGGAAGACGCUCCAAUAUCCGUUUUAGAUGGCGGAGAUGCCACGACUAAGGAUCAGUUCACUAGUAUUGAGGUAAACGAUCCUUCGCAGUCGAAGGACAUCCUCGAGCCGGAGAACGAAGAGUUGCCAUUACCAAUUCCAGGGAAGAAAAAGAAAGCGCAACAGGAGACAAAGAUUGAUGAGACAUCGCAGGAUGAUUCUGUAGAUGCCGUGCAAGAAGAAUCACCAACAAGCCGUGAGAUGACCGAUACCGGCUUACCUGUUGCCGAGUCCCAGGCAGAUCCAAUUGCCGAACCCUUUCAUGAGCUUCCCGAACCACAGAAAGCAGUCGAGAUUGCGGUUGAGGACAAAAGCAUGCAGGAGACCCUAAAGUUUAAACAAGAUGUGACACCUGCGGAGGAUGUUUUUCAGGAGCCACCCGCUCUUGGACGGAAGAAGAGCAAGAAGGAUAAGAAGAAGGACCUCCUUGCUCAAAAUACUGCUGUUGAGUCACGCGAGAAUAAAUUUAAGGAGAAACAACUGGCGACUGAAGAACCCCUCAUAACACCUUCAGAUGCUCGAACAACAGUGCUCGCCACUCCUGUAUUCACCCAAGCGCUGGAGACACCUACCAAGACCACGGUAGACGCUGGGGAAAGGGAACUGCAUUUGAGUGCCGUUCAAUCCACUGUUCCAGUGGAAGACAAUAUAAAUGCCUUAGAAACCUCGGGAGCUCAGACACUUGAAAGCUUCCGAACACUAGAGGCCCCCGAACAGCCAUUGGAGCGGAAUAUUUUGCUGAAUGAUUAUGCAGCAAAGACUCCAGAGGAACUACCUGCUGUGGAAAAGUCAGCCACUUAUGAGACAGCUACGGAACCAAUAAUCGAAGAAGCAGCCCUGAGUCAUAAGAACUCCAAGAAGAAAUCGAAGAAGGCGAAGAAGCAAGCUCAAGAACAGCAAGAAAAGAGUACAACUCCCACUCCUGCUGAGCAUGGAGAAGAGAGCAUUGUGGAGACUACAGCCGCCAUACCAAGCACUCCCGGUCCAGCGGAGAAUUCUGAUGAUAUUCCUGAGGCGAAUAUUUCGGAAGAGCAGGUGGCACAACUUGAACAUUCUGAGCAGUUGGUUCUAUCGGACGCCGCUCGACCUCAAGAGAGACUUGGGCAGACUCCGAAUAUGGACAAUCAAACGGAUGAUGUGCAAUCAACAGAACAGGGAAAAGAGGGCAAUGUCCAGGCUGAACCAAGACAAGUCGAGUCCGAGGAUCCCAUCGAGAGCCAGCCUGGAUCCACAGCAGCUGUUGCAAGAAAAUUGUCCAAGAAAGAUAGAAGAAAAGCCAAGAAGAAAUCUGCCAAGGAUGCCAUCGAGCCUUCAGACGAGCCGGAGCUGCGAAAUCCAACAGAACCCAUCGGGGCAUCCUGUUCUACCUCGAACCAAGCCAAGAUUGACCAAGAUCAAUUUUUGACAGUUGCCUCCGACAAGCAAAUGGUCGAAGAGGUUCCACGACCACUUGAGGUCGAGCCUGCGGCUUCGGAGGUGUACCAAGGUGCAACCGACGAAAAUGACUGGCCUGCAAUUGACUGGGAGAAAGGUAAAGUCGAAUUCAAAGAACAGACGCCACUGUCAUCACCCGAGGCUCAUGCGGUUCCUUUUGAGCCAGCCAUUGCAGAGUUCGACGAGACUGCCAUCCCAGAGGGAUUGCUUAGACGACAAAGUCUAUCACGUGAAGAGCAACUAGCGGGAGGCAAGGACGGAAGUUCACAGCAUACUCGGGCCGAUGAAAUAGCUGCUCCGCAAGAAGGUGCAGUGAUGAUAGAGCCUUCUGCCGUAGCCGAGACGGAGCAGUCUGCUGGACUACAAGCAAAAUCUGUAAGUUCGCAAGGGGCUCCUAAGACAAUUCAGGACGAUAUGCAGCAUCCCGAGAACAGAUUGGCCCGGGAUCAAACAAAGAGCGAGACGGGAGUGGUGCCGUCUAAGCAAAGCAAAAUUGGGAGCAUCUUCCCAGAUCUUGAGCGCGGAUCAUUUCGACGACCUGUUCCCGGCCAAGUAUUGAUGCCGGUAAAAGAUAGGGCUGAGGAUGAGACUAUUGACCAAAAUGCAGACGACAACAGCGCAAUCAAGGUCUCGGAGGCGCCUAUCCCGGCCGGCGAACCGGAAGAGUCCCAUUUACAGAGCCAGCAAGAUGAGAAGGGCCCAGAGCCCACGACUACGGUUUCUACACUAGAUCUAUCUCUAGAAGAGCCUACGAAGAUGCAGGACACAAGCAACACCCCAGUCAACCUUGCUGUCGACAUUGAGGUUGACCCCUCAUACAAUGUUUCUGUGAUAUCCGACGGUCUGGUGAACGAAACAAAAUCUAUUGAAAUCGAAUGGAAGACCGACGGCGAUAAAGGGACCCAGGAAGCUGAAACACCAUUGUACGCACCAUUGCCUGUGCAUGAACAGAAGUCGUCCCUUGUCAGCCAAGCUUCUCCCCUUGACAUGGACCGGGACGAGCCGAUUCCGAGAAACGACUCUUCCUGUGGGCUUCGUCGCAGCCCGUCAAUUCAUGGGCGACAUAAUCACCCACCGCGAACAUGGUCGCUGGAGGAUACACCAAUCACCAAGGCAGUGACACCACCUCUAUUUGGGGGACCAGUAGGGGCCACUGCGGACAUGAGCUCACCUCCACGUACUCCAUUACAGCCAAUUGCGGAACAAGAGCCAGAGGUUCGAGUGGAGCAAGCAAGCGGAUUCAGAUCCAUGGUUUCCGAACACGGGACUCCCCGUCUGGAAAUGAAGCCCGAACAUGUACUUCCACGUCCCGAAACUCCCAUCAGGAAGUUUACAGAUAAUGCAUUGGCACGUCAGACAUGGCCAGUGGCGGAGAACGACAUUUUCAAAAGCUCAGAAGACGAGGAUGCGGCUCUUACUGUCAAGAAACAACGGCCAGGUAACAAAUGGCCCGCAGAAGUAUUAAAAACUCCCGACAAAGGAAUGCCCAUCCUUAGGCCUAGCAGUGUGAGCAGUGUCAAAAGCGUACAGAGCACCCACAGUGUCACUGGCGGGCAGAGAUCACUACGACGCACUAGUCGCAACACCAGUGGGGAUUUGCGGGCUGCUAGCCAGGCACAGGAAAGCCACGGCACCCAGCCACACGCUACGCCCCAGCCUCCUCAGCCCCCACCCUCCGAUCUCAACAUUGAGCACAUCGCUUCGUCUUCCUCCUAUGACCCCGUCACGGACAAGGGCAAGCGCCCCAUACGAGCCAUGACGGACGUCUACGAGGGAUGGGGGGAGUCGCCCAGCUCGCCUAGGUCGCCGAGCCGACCGCCCAGUAUCCGUCAUCGUCGAAGUAUGCAACAUCUCCAAGAACUCGAAGCUCGUCUUGAUCAACUCAUCUCCGAAAAUCGACUCCUCAUUGCCGCUCGUGAGGCCGCCGAGGACAAACUUCGGAAUGCUAGUGUCGCCCGUCGGAAGAGCGACCAUACACUCAACGAGCGCAGUGCCGACCUACGGGACAGGGAAGCCGAGGUGGAAAAGCUCAAAAAAUCCGUGGAAUGGCUUCAAAAGGAAGUGACUCGCCUGACAGAAGAGAACGAAGGGCUUAUUACGACGAACUCCAACCUGACUGCAGCCCAUGCCAAGGAAAUUGAGUCGGUGCGCGAAUCGUCAUCUCGCCAAUUGGACGACUUGCGCUCGAGAUAUGAGCAGCUCUCUAUGGAAGUGCAGAACACAGUGCGGCACGAGAUUGAGACUGCGCUGGCGCGAAAGGAUAAUGAACUGCGACGGCUGAGGGAAGAGCUUGAGACGGCUCGGGAUAAGGUGUCGCAGUUACAACAACAAAUUGCGGCAUCCUUGCAUGACAACGUUCUCGUCUUCCGCGAUGAGGAUUACUUCGAUGCUGCAUGCCAAAAACUCUGUGGACAUGUGCAACAAUGGGUGUUACGGUUCUCCAAACACUCCGACCAUCGACGCUGCCGCAAACUUGCUGAGAUACAAGAUGAAAAGAUCGCGGACCGCUUCGACAAUGCCAUCCUGGAUGGCUACGAUACCGAUACCUACCUCGCCGACCGUGUCCGUCGCCGUGAUAUCUUCAUGUCCGUGGUGAUGACUAUGGUGUGGGAGUUUGUAUUCACACGGUAUCUGUUCGGCAUGGAUCGUGAGCAACGCCAAAAGCUCAAGUCCCUGGAAAAGCAACUGAACGAGGUUGGUCCACGAAGCGCUGUUCAUCGUUGGCGCGCAAUUACUCUUACUCUCCUGUCGAAGCGACCGGCAUUUGCUCGUCAGCGCGAAAGCGACACGGAAGCGGUUGCAUUGGAAAUCUUUGAGACUCUGUCGCGUCUCCUCCCACCCCCAAGCCAUGUCGAAGUGCAGCUCUUGGAGUCUUUACGCAAGGUUCUACGGGUUGCAGUCAACCUAUCAAUUGAGAUGCGCACGCAGCUGGCCGAAUACAUUAUGCUGCCGCCACUCCAACCUGAAUACGACACAAAUGGAGACCUAGCACGGCAGGUCUAUUUUAACGCCUCGCUGAUGAACGAACGUAGCGGGGAGACAACGUCGAAUGAGGAGCUGGAGUCGCAGCAAGCAGUCGUCCGGGUCGUCUUGUUCCCGCUAGUGGUAAAGAAGGGCAACGACACAGGCGAAGGUGAAGAUGAAGUAGUUGUCUGCCCUGCUCAGGUGCUUGUCGCUCGACCCGACAAGGAUCCGAGGGCCAGCAAAAUCUUCAGCAGCGACCGCAUGUCUCUGGAUGGAACCAAGUCUGUUCACAGCGUCGCCCCAUCAUCGACCAUGGAUAUCAGCAACGUGAUCUGA